AUGUCACGAAAGCAACCAAUCUAUGAAAUAGGUCCAUUUAUAUCAAGUGCCGACAACACGGACACGCAGUUGAAUGUUCAUGCCUGCGACAAACUCUUUAAAAUCGAUCUGUUUACUUCAAGCUUCGAAAACUCGCCUCUCCUCCUGGCCGAAUAUCUUUGCCAUGUUCGACGCCAAGAGCCAGAAUGGAUCCUUGAUGGGUCCGAGACUUGGGAGUUUGAAGACCCCCUUGAAGAAAUGCAUGAUUGGAUCUUACAACCAUUUCUGCCAAUCUUCCGGGAACUUGGUUCCCUAGACCCGAGCCGGAAGUACACUCUCGAGGAUUGUCUGUUUGCAGAAGAAUUGCACUACACUGUACAGGUGGUGGAAAACAAGGUGGUUCCCGUUUAUCUCAGCAACACCAAGAACAUGAAACAUCAUCUGCACUGCCAGGAGUACCUCGCAAGUCUACGGGGUGACGCGCGUAUUACCGCCAGGGAGAUUCUCACUUAUUCAAAAAUUCGCAUGGCUAAAUUCGAUUCCCCGAUUCUCACAUCACAACUGGAAGGGCUGGUCCAGGAUGAUGAUGGACUCAACUGUAUUGAUGGACGUGAUCCCAAAUAUUCCGGGCUCCGACAUAAAUGGGUCGAUCAGGUUUCGCACACACUCAAACAGUUUCAUUCACAUAACAUUAUUUGGGGAGAUGCGAAGGCAGCCAAUGUUCUUGUUGACGUCAACAACGAUGCAUACCUAAUUGAUUUUGGGGGCGGUUAUACUCAGGGUUGGGUUGAGAAGGAGAAGUCUAACUCAGUCGAGGGAGACCUCCAGGGGCUCGAAAAUAUCAAGCGGUUCCUUCAAAUAAAAAGCUAG